CCCAGAAGGGCGGACACCAUGGCAGACUUGAGCCAGCACGCAAACUACACCGCAGCGUACUCGGGCCUGCUCGACAACUUUUACCUCACUGUCGCAAUCGCAGGCGCGUGCCUCGUCGGCUAUGAGAUCGAGGCCCACAUUCCCCGCCAGAGGGGCAGAGACGGCCCUCGGCAGCGGUUGGCGGUGAGAGUGUACAAUGCGCUGGCCCGGCAGCGGAGGACGCGGAAGGAUCCCGGGGUCCCGCACCAGUCGAGGCAGCGCAGGCGCAGCUGGAGGCUGAGCAGCGAAGGGCUGGUCGCGGGUGACACGCCGGCGGAUCCGGAGAGGGAGCGGCUGGGAUCCCGCGAGAGCUGGGAGUUUGGCUACAUCUUCCAGCCGAAAGCAUGGGCAGUGAAUGCCUGUCGUCCACUCCCCAGAUGGCCUCUGGCCUGGAUAGGCACUGCUCUGAAAUUCAGAGAACAAGACAUGCCUGCAAAGUGCGGCCUUGAUCUCACAUUGCACGCGCGAUUCCUCCGUGGCUGCUUCUUCUACACCCUCCUCCAAACACUCAUCAUCAUGCCUAUCCUCAUGCCUCUCCACAUCUUCUACUCCCCCAAAGACAUUGCCUCUACCUCCAUGCUCCGUGCUUCCAUCUCAUCUCUCGUCCAAUCGUCCGGGUCCAGGUGGCUCUGGGUACACGCCCUGCUGAUAUGGUGGGUAUCCAUCACAUGGACAUGCACCGUCCUCUGGAUCACCUGGGGCGGACUCGCUUAUCGACGUCGGGAAAUCAGAGCUUUGGCAGCAAAAGUCCAAAAAGAGAGAGCGAGUAAGCGUGUUGCGUCCGGAGGAGAGGAAGGUAUGGCGGUACUGGAAGAUUGCGAGGGAAUCAAGCGAUUUCGGACGGUGAUGGUCCUCAAUAUCCCUCCGGAUAUGCGAGACGAAAAUGUCCUUCAAGACUAUUUCGACCACUAUAUCGACAAAUAUCAUCAACGGAAACAAGGUCCUUCUAAACGUAAACCCCUGGCCAAGAUGUUUAGACAAGCGAUCCCUAUCGGCCAAAACCCAUCGUACUCUGUAGACGUCGGACCGUCAGAAAAAUCAAGUGUGGAAGAUAUCGUCUUGGUGCGCAAACUUGGCGUACUGAUCAAUCUCCGUUCAAGGCGAGAAGAGGUUUUGAAAAAGCUAGAGAUUGCUCAUACCGAAUUGGCCAAACGGGUCCUUGCAGACGUGGCCAAGUACUAUAAACGGCCAAAAGCCCUCUAUUCUAUCAAAGAUCCAGCCAGGGCUGCGCGGAUGUCUAUCCUGGUCGAAAAGCUUGGUCGAUUCACUGAACCAAAAUCUCCACAUGGCGACAAGACUGUUUGGGAUGCACUUCACUCGGUUCCUCGAGAAUGUCUCGACCCAUACCAAGCCAUGACCCACUCCAAACCGUUAUCCAUCUUGCACGACCAAAACCCGCCUCUGAUCGACUACCUCACCACCAAACUCGCCUACCUCACCCAUCUCCUCACCGAAUCCCUCUCCAAACCGCUCGAAUCCUACGCUACCGCCUCUACCGCCUUUGUCACUUUUCGAGACGCCAAAACGGCGAGGUUGGUGUUGAAAAUUCUGGAUAGUCAUCCAAAAAGGAGUUUGGCGUGCAAGACGGUCCCAGCACCCGAUUGGACGGAUUUGCUAUGGCCAAGGCUGGGGAAAAGCGUCUACAGGUCAGAGUUUGUAAGAGGAUGGGCCGUCUAUCUCGGCGUUUGGGCAUUCACCCUCGCCUGGAUAUUCCCAGUCUCCCUCCUUUGCGCCCUUGCAUCCCUCACAAACAUUGCAGGCUUCAUAAAACCCCUCAAAGCAUUCCUCGACAACAACCCCAAAGCCGCUUCCGCCAUCACCUCCCUCGCCCCCGUCAUCUUGGUCGCACUGCUAACACUGGCGAUAUGCCCCAUUUUGUUGGUGAUCGCCAACAAGGCGGAGACGAUUAUGACAAGGUUGGGCGUGCAUAAUAGUGUUUUGGAGCGGUUUUGGAAGUUUUUGAUGGUGAACGGUGUCGUCUUUUUCGCUAUUGGACAAUCAGCUAUCGAAGCGUAUCUCACAGCAUUCCAAACAAAUGAUUUUGAUCCCCUUCCGAUCGUCGCUUCGGCUUUUCCGACGGCCGCACCGUAUUUUGCUUCGUACAUUCUACUCCAAGUUGCUAUCCAGCCAUUCUUUGAGGUAUUCCGGUUUGGGCUGCCUGCGAUUGUUUACGUCUUUGGAACCCGUCGAUCCGUCAUUCCUCGUCAACGGCGCUCUAGGACCCAAUAUCCGACAUUCAGCCACUUUAGCCAGUUACCUCAACAACUGCUGGCAGGAGCGAUCAUGCACCUCUUCAUGCUUUUAAACCCGCUGGUUAUAGCCUUUACGCUGGUGUUUUACGGCGCGUGCUAUCUGGUGUGGAAACGUCAGUUCAUCUACGUCUAUGGAAGACUUUAUGAAGUCAACGGUCGUCGGUCGUGUAUCAGGAUCCAACGAUACAGUAUGGAUGCCUUGGCCUUGGCUCAAUUCGUUCUCUUUGCAUUCUUCAUUUUGAACAAGGCAAAGGGACAUGCUAUUGCGACUGGAGUCCUCUUUGCAUUGACUCUGAUUAGCAAGAUCAUAAUCACCCGUGCGCUCAAAAAGCGAUUCGACAGACUGGAUCACGAGGAAGCCGAUAUUCUCUGCCCGCCAGUGACUGCCACAUCCGCCACAGGCAAACAAGGUGAAGGCGACAAUACCACAAUCCAGUACUCCUCCGACUCGUCUGACGAAGAGGAUGGACGUCUAGGCGAUGAAGAGUCGAUAAGGCAGAGAAGCAAAUGCGGGAAGAUCCGACGCAACUUUGGUAACUGGACAAUAAGCCGUGGACGCCACGGUAGACCCAUAUCCCUCCGAAAGCUUAUCCCCUUUGAUCGUACAAUCUUCAACUCGCUUGAUUCCAGAAUCCAAUUCGAUCCAACCCCUAGCACUGAGACCCCACUAGACGACUACCUUGAUCCUUUGACAACACUUUCUCCAUCUCCGAAUUCAGAUGAACUUUCAAUCGUUGUACCGCACCCACCACUCCCGCCAUGGGAGGAUAUUCCUCCUUAUCAACGAUCGCGAGGGUACAAUGACCAGCCGGCGUAUACAGAAGGCUUUGAAGAGUUUUUAUUACUCCAGCGCGAUCCGAGGUCAACCAUUGAUCUGGAUGAUUGUGUAGAGAUGCGGUUAGCGCUGACUUCUUCCAAUGGAGGAACAGGGGUAAUGGGAGAUUGGUCGCUGGGCAUCGAGAAGGAUGAUGCAGAGUUGGAUGCGGAAGAAGAUAAAGGUGAGGGCAGGCCGACAGCGUUCAGAUCCAAGACCGAGCCGACCCUGUCCACUUUCCUGGAUAACAAGGCAGGUUUACCUCUGAUGCAUCCUGAGAUAUGGGGUGAAGGGGGCGCGAACCUCUAUCGAAGCCAUACCGACUUUGGCGGUCUAUAUCAACCCCCUCCAAGCCCUACUGCUGAGCGAGAUGGCGCAAUCUCAAUGCAGACAUUCUCGGUUUCUUCGACGGGGGCUUUGCCAUCAGAUAGCCCUGAAAUCCUGACAGCAGGUCAUGAAGUUGGUUUAUCCGCUUUGAGUCCCGGGUCUAUUCCUUCGAUAGUUCGUCGACGUAGCUUCCACGGAAGCAAUGAUGAGACCGAUACUACCGUUUCCCCUGCGCCAAGGCCCGAUUCUCACAUCUCCUUUGGAGCCCUGGGCAAAUCUCCUUCCGCUCGAAAGCCAAGUAUCCUUCGCGCGCCAAGUAUGCACAGUGCUUACACCCGCAUGUCCCCACGCCUCGGACGGUCUGCCAGUACUUAUUCAUACACGCGAAAUCGUUCGGCUAGCGGAGUGUCCGCUCAGCAACAAGCGCUUCUUAGUGAGGUAAUCAAGGAAGAGGAUAAGGCAAACAAGGAUGCGGCAAGACAGGAGAAGGAGGACUUGGCAAAGGAAGAGGUAGAGGUCAUGAAGGAACAGGAGAGGAGAAGAAAGGAAAGUCAAGGUGAGAUGGUUGCGUCUGAGCUUGUUACCAGAAAAAGGACCAGAAAAGGCACAGGUUUCUCGAUGAAUAGCAGGAAAUCAGAUAGACGUGAAAGUGAGACGGGCCCACUUGCCAGAAGUAACAAUGACAACAAGCAAAGCUCGGAGGCCUCUCAUGAACGGUCAAGUGUAACCACCGCAAAUCCAGCGGUCCCAGAGGCUGAUUGAUGCAAGGCAAUAAGAAGUGAGCUGCAUACAAUGGCAUGAUAUACAGAUGCUGGGUAUCUUGGGGCUCUAUAUUUAUAUUUAUCUCCAAGCUUUUUUCCUCUUCUCAUAUGCCUUUCCACUCUCCUUAGCCUCCCUCCUCAACUUCAACAUUUAACGGCUUCCUCUUCAGCAGAAGCAGGGACCAGGCUUUCUUCAUUCUGAGUAUCACUCUCUACAUCUUUGACAUCGUUGCCGAUGUCAUCGGUAGGUUCUGGUAGGUCGGUGAGAGACGCCGUUGCUGCAUGACGGCCUGCCUCAAUUGCUUGCCGCCUAGCCUCGUAAUAACGAGUCAUGCUCUCAACAGUAUGGCCUUCAGGGAUAUACAAUGAUGCCAUGUCGAUCAACUUCUUCCGAAGACUCUGAGCACCCUUGCGAGCUUCUAGCUGGCCAUUCUCGUCCAUCUCCGUCUUGAUUACAGAGUACUUGACAGUCCCUGAGAAUACAGCAUAUGAGCAACCACUCCCCGGACACGGAAAUUUGAAAAGAAAUGGGACGACUUACAUUCGGGUACUUUUCGAGUACGUUCAUCGAUGACGAAGGCGGGAAUUUGGCCCUGAACAGGUUGACCAUCAAGGAAGUUCUCCAUGGUGAUCGUGAUUGCCUGAACAGGAGGCGGUCCUUUUUCAUCUUUCCAGUGUUUGGGCUCUACAUAUGCCGUCACACUGUUUUGAUCAAUAUUAGGAGUGUGUUUGAUGAUCAUCUUUACGUCCUACAGAGACGGAAAAAAGAAUUUAUGAGCCAAUGAUAGACAAAGUGAACGGCCGCCCGACGUACGACACCAGAAAA